GGGCGCAGCCGGAGCUCCCCCGGGCCGGGGAGCACCCGGCGCCGCUCCCCGCGCCUCCUGCAGUAGUCCCACCGGCAGAGAGGGAAAUCCUCGCCCAGCUCCGCCGUCCCCCACGACCUCCCCUCCCCGAGUGGUCCCCGGGAACACCGAGUGCCGGCUUCCGCCUUCCCGGUGUGCGACGCGAUUCUCCCGCGAAGCCCUCGCCCACCCCGCACGCCACGACUCCACACGUCCCUAAGUCACCCCAUCGCCUUCUACAGCUGAUACUGCAACGAGAGUCCACCUCUCCUUUCACCCCCUCAAAGAACCGCUGUUUGGUUUCCCAAUUAAAGCACUUCAGAGGUCUUCUGCAAGUUCCAGGCCUUCCUCCUGGGCACCUAUCACACUUCCCUGACGCUGACAUCAGUUAUCCCCGCUAUCUGAAGAAUGAGAUUCUUGAAGUAUGUGUGUUCAUUGUUAAUAUUCUUAACAGUAUUCCUAUUUAGCCCGGUUUCAGAGUUUGCAAUCUUAACACCAAUAAAAUACAAUUCAUAAGAAA